AUGGAGAUUCUCGUAGCCUGUCGGCAUUUCUGUCGCCUUGAUCUGGCCAUGCUCCUGCUGGCGAUAGGCAUCGCCAUCUCUGCAGAGUUUAUCGAGGGCCAGGUAGAGACGCAGGGCACGUCCGAUGCAACGCCAUACAUCACUUUCGCCGUAGAUGGCGACGGUCACGUAACGCGCGGUCAAGGACGCGCCGGUGAAAAGGAACGGGACACUAUAAACGAGCAGGAUGAGCCCCGAGAUACUCUUGGGGAACCAUCCACGUCAGCGGACGCCGGGUCUUCCGAUCACAAAGACUCGAGGCGUCGGGGGUCCGACGAGGACGAGGAGUCAAAGAAGCAGGGCAAAACUGAUGAAGAAGAGGGCGAAGACGAAGACGGUCACACGCUUCGGCCGGAAGGAGGAAGCGACGGCUUCCUCCCCCGGCAUCGUGACGAGGCCGGAGUAGCAGCUCCGCGUGCUGAAUCUGUUACUGCAGAAUGCUUGAGGUACCACAACUUAUUCCGAGUAGACCAACUGGAGGACAGCGCACUGGAACCUCUGCAAGGGCACGACGGAAUGGACGCCUAUGUUGUGGCCCUGCUGGAACGAGUGGCAGCCUCCGACUGUACGACGCGAGAUAUUCCCCAAAACAUUCCGUUUGGGAUCAACUUUUACGCUUACUCCGGCAGCAAACCGUCUUGCGUGGGUGCGACCCAUCUCUGGUACAGAGGCAUUGACAAUUUCCACGGACGCUAUCCGGGGACGGACUGGCAACGGGGAUCAGCGAAUCAGUUUGUUCAGAUGAUGUGGUCUUCCUCCGAGUACAUCGCGUGCGCGCGGACGCGGGACUGUGCACAGGGCAUGAAUCAGCUCAUGUGUCUAUACUAUCCGAGCGGAAAUACCGUUGGAGAAGCACCGUUCAGCGAGAACGCCUGGUACGCUUUGCUUGAACGCCAUCGGCGCUGGAAGCAGUACGACCAACCAGGCGGCAGGCGAGAUCGCCGCCCUCGUGCAGCAGCGAGUCACGGCGAGGUGAAAGAGAACUAA